AUGUUUACCACGAGCAAGAAGAUCCUAAAGGAUAAGGGUGCAGAACCGACUGAGUUGGAAGACACUGUGGCUCAGGCAUUCUUUGAUCUGGAGAAUGCGAACCAGGAGUUGAAGAGUGACUUGAAGGAUCUUUACAUUAAUUCAGCAGUGCAAAUCGAUAUGCCUGGCAAUAGGAAAGCUGUUGUUAUUCACAUUCCAUACAGGCUGCGAAAAGCCUACAAAAAGAUUCAUGUUAGGCUGGUUAGAGAACUGGAAAAGAAGUUCAGUGGGAAGGCCAAUUCUAUUGGUGCGAUUGGAGUUGGUAGAAUGGAGAAAUUGCUGGGUUUGCAAGCUGGGUAUGCAGAAAAAGAACCAGGGAGAAAUUGCUGGCUAAAUCUGGUUGCUGGAGUGGAUGGAUUUCAUGUGCCAAUUGCUAAUUCUGUUGCUGAUUAG